UCGCACCUCUUGUCUCAUUCUCUCUCAUCGCGCUCUCUCUCUAUCUAUCUCUCUCUCUUCUUCGAUUUCGACUCCCAAACCCAGAGUUUAUGUUAAAGAGAGGACCCAGAUGGAUCAUACGACGAGGAGUAUUAUGCCAUCCCCUUAACGCCAAUCCAAACCCAUCCCCGAUUUACCAAAUCUCACCUCCCCCAUCUUCUUACUCUCAAUCCCUCUCUUCUUUUGUAAAUUUGUCCGCCGUUUUCCCCCAGAUUCACAGAUAGAUGGAGGAGGAAUGAACGUAAAUUUGGAAGAGUGAUGCGAUGCGGUGGCUCAAGUAGGCCUGGGGAGAUAAAUUGCAUGCACCGAUUCUGGUGAGCAGUAAAUUUGGAGUAGUAGCAGUAUACGGCGACCCGACUGACGACCGACGAGCGACGGGACCAGCUCGCUCCCAAGUCUAGAUAUCUAUGUAGUAAAAUUUGAGAGAGGGAGAUAGAAUAGAAAGAUAAAACAAAGGGGAUAAAAAGGGAGAGAGAAAAAGAGGGAGGAAGAGAAGGGAUGUCGAAUCAGGUGGUGAAAGUAAAGAGGGAGAUGAUUGCGGCAUGCAUGACAUGCCCUCUUUGCAAUAAGCUCUUCCGCGAUGCCACGACCAUUUCCGAAUGCCUUCAUACGUUUUGCAGGAAGUGUAUUUAUAAGAAGCUAUCUGAUGAGGAAUUAGAAUGCUGCCCAAUUUGCAAUAUCGACUUAGGCUGUGUCCCAUUGGAGAAGCUGAGGCCCGAUCACAAUUUACAAGAUGUGAGGGCAAAGAUCUUCCCUUACAAGAGGAGGAAGGUGAAGGCACCAGAAAUCCCACCUUCAGUCACUUUGCCAGUGAGAAGAAAGGAGAGAUCACUCUCAUCAUUGGUGGUGAGCACUCCUAGGGUAUCAGCACAAAGUGGUAUGACUGGAAGAAGAUCAAAAUCUAUUGCAAGAAAAUCAUUAAGAGGUUCCAGUUUUUCAAUAGAGAAACCUGUCAAGAAGGAGGAAGAUUCUGGUGAAGAUCGUCCUGAGAGCUCCAGUUCACCUGAGACACUGAAUAAAUUUACGCAGAAUAUUAGGCAGAAUUCUUCCAAUGGCGACCCAUCUAGCCAUUCACUUUCUGAUAAAGAAACAAAGAAUGGUGCUGAAACAUGGGAAGGGAAAGUUGAUCUAUGGAAACCUUUAAAUUGUCUUGUGGAAGUUGCAAACAGGAGUAAGUCUUCAAAGUUCACUUCGCAGGGAUCUGCUGCCAAAUCAGAACCUCCCCAUUCUGGUGAGAAUGAAGGACAUGCCCGCAAAUCUAAAGGCAAAGAGCUUGGACAAAAAUCAAAACUCCAAGAUGAAAAAAACACUAAUGAGUCUCCAGCAUUGAAUUCAGAAAGACCUAAAAAGUUGCGAAGAAUUCGCCAAAAGAAGGCUCCUGCCUUUGCUGAUUUCAAUGUUACACCUCAAGCUGUGCUGGAUGGUGUCAGUGCUAGAUGUGAGAAGCGAAUUAAUCCAAUAUGGUUUUCACUUGUGGCAACCAAAGAUCAGGAUGCAGAUGCUUCUUUGCCCCAGAUUUCUGCAAGUUACUUAAGAAUAAAGGAUGGGAAUAUAACAGUUUCUUUUAUUCAAAAGUACUUAAUGAGGAAAUUAGAUCUUCCAACUGAAGAUGAGGUUGAGAUUAGGUGUAUGGGUCAGUCAUUGGUCCCAACACUGCCAUUGAAUGAACUAGUAGACUUCUGGCUCCAAAACACAACAUCAGAGAGAGUACCAGCGAUAAUUGGGUCAUCAGCUAAAGAUUUUGUGAUGGUAUUGGCCUAUGGUCGUAAGAUACCCACCGCCUAAUCCUAUUCUCGCAUUUUCAUAAUAUAUAUGUUAUUAGAUAUUAAAGGUAGAAGUCAGAUUUCCUUGCGGAUGAGCAGAAGUUGUUGCAGAGGCAUGUUGCAGUUAUAUUACUAAGAACCCCAGCACUCUAUGAGAAGUAGCUCAUAAGCAGAUAAAUCAACAUUCCUUCCUCAAAUGGGCUGAAAUUAUCUUCGGCCGUGCGUCCCUGUGGCAUGUCAUGAUUAAUAGGAUAACAGGUUGGGCUGGAGCUGCAGUUGAGAUGUCUGGCUGUUAAACGGUUUGUUAAUAGUUUAUCAUGUUUGAAUUUUGACAGUGCUCCGAAUGUUUUUGUUUUUCCUUGUUACCCAAUUUCUUUGGUCGCUCCUUUGUAUGUGUACCUUUAAAUACAAUGCAAUUGUUUCAGUUUCAGAGACGUAUA